AUGACCGUCCAGCAGUACGGCAGCGGCGACACCUAUUCUGUAGAGGCAGCCGAUUCUCUUGGCCUGGGCUGUUUCCAAAAGAAUCAGACCUUCUGGGAGGUGGUCAGCGCAAAGAUGCCAGUCCUGCAGAACGCGGCAUUCCAGUCCAUCGUCGGCGUCGGGCCCCCCGAGACGCCCGCGGCGGACUCGUGGGACGCCGCGGAGGAAGCAUUCGGCAAUGUCACAGAGUACUACCGGAAUAGCUCCAAGCCGCCCGAGUCUCUGAUGAAGCGGGCGCAGGAGUCCAUCGCAGCAGCGGUUGAGAUCAGCAGAACCCCCACAAUGCUUGAUAACUUCGACAUUCGGACGUUUUCGAUGUGUCUCGGGAAGACGACCGGUUCUGAUGGCUACAUUACUUGGCAGGACACCACUCAUGAGGUCCACCCGCACCUUUUCACUCGGGUGCAGAUCCUCGGCAAGCACACGUGGAGCGUGGCACUUGCCAACGUGAGGCUGGAGGGCGGAAGCCAUCGCGGAGACACCAGCCUUGGCUGUUCUGGCGGCUGCAGUGCGCUGAUGGAUAGCGGGACCUCCCUCCUCGCCGUUCCCAGUUCCAUAAUGGACGUGUUCGAGAAAACAAUCCAGAACUUGCACACGGACUGCAGUAACCUGCACGAGCUCCCUGAUCUAGUGUUCGAGUUGGGCGGACAGAAGUUCUACCUUCCGUCGGACGCUUAUGUGGGCGAGGUAGCUGGCAGUGUGCCACAGUAUCUGCAGAGCUUCGUUCGCUUGCGCAAGCUGAAUGUUAGUCAUAACGGCUCCAGUGACGUGGCGAUGUGCCACAUAUUGCUCAUGGAGUCGUUCUCCGAAUCCGCGCACGGGCCCCUCUGGAUCUUGGGCAUGCCCUUCUUCCGACGCUACUACACGAGCUUUCACGUUGGACGUGACCAUGAGGAUCGUGCUCUUUACAUUGCCCACGCUGGACAUGAUUGUCAGCCGGUGCCAGAGGACCAGGCUGAGAGGGGUCCCGUGAGACGCCGCAUCGACCCGGCCAAGCUCCACGUGCCAAGCUCGGUGGUCAAGGCUUCCAGGCGCGGCUUCGUUAAUCUGUAA